AUGUCGGGCCUGGAAGUUAUCGCAGCGAUCAAAACGUGCGCUGACCUACUGGAGCUGGCAGGCAGAACAGCACACUACAUCAUCGAGUUCACCGAGGCAGCUCGUGACUAUAACACGAUUGUUAAAGAGCUCGCGUCGAAACUAAAGCUUCUCGGGACGAUAUUUAAACUAUUUCAGCGGGCUGCAAAGCGGGUCAGAGAUAGACAGUAUAUCAGCUCCGAGGAUGAUAUGAUCAAUGAGGCCGCUUCGAUCAUUCAGGAGAAUAUCGUCGCUUGUCAGCGUACUCUAACGUUGCUAUUAAGCAAGCAGCCGAAACCUCUAAAGGAAUACCACGCCAGCUCUUUCUUGCGAGGCGCGGUGAAAUAUCUAGUCUAUGAUAUAGAAGGUAGACCGAUUAUCGAAUCCGGGCUGAGGGAUAUUGACGAUCGCAUCAAGUCCAUGGAAAUCGCCCUGCGUUUCAUCCAGACGGACUAUGUUUUCGACAUUCACGAUGCCGUGGACGGCGACGCCAGGCGUCCUAGCCUUGCUCCCACCUUGGUCAGCCCCGGCUCACAAGCCAACUACCAAGACGUGUCUCCCGUAAGCACGCGGGUAGAUGACGAGAUCUUCAAUCGCACGAAUGUGGAAUCUAAUGCCAUCCCCGAAUCCCCCCAGUUCUCGUCGACGCUGAAGCACGGAAUUGAUAAAGUGGAUGUGGGCACCAUCUCCGACUUAUUACGGCAUAAACACGACCCUCUUGCGCAGGAUAAAGAUGGCUGGUGUGCCCUGCACUACGCCGCGAGGACAAACAACGUGCAAGUCUGCCAAGUACUAAUCAACUCAGAACGCAUCCAUGGCUCUGAGGGGGGGAUCGAGACGCGUAAUUGCACGGGCGCUACACCUCUUCAUUUUGCAGCCUCCAUCGGGAGCUUGAAAACGGUACGCAUACUUCUGGAUGCUGGAGCAGAUCCACAUGCCGUUGAUCAUUACAAUCGCUCGCCACUCUUCAUGGCCAGUGAGGGUAAUCAUGUUAAAAUGGUCGAACUGUUGCUCGCAUCCGGGGCAGAGAUCCCUAGCGAUGCCCCGAUGCGGCUAAAGGAGCUCCAAUGUGCCAUUAAUUGGCGUAACCGCAAGGCGAAGAAGUUGAAGGCGAAGGGGCGGAUCUCCACUGACACUAUUCCUGCCUAUUAUUGA